UCGGCGGGAGGGAGGGCCAUGGAUGGCAUCGUGGAGCACCAGAGCGUGCUGGUGCACAGUAAGAUCGGCGACGCCAGCAAGAGGAAUGGCCUGAUCAACACACGGAACUUCAUGGCCGAGGGCAGGGACGGCCUGGUGUCCAUCUACCCGGCGCCCCAGUAUCAGAGCCACCGCGUAGUGGCUGGCGGCCGGGGGGAGCCGGCACAGCAGCUGCUGGACCCCAACACCCUGCAGCGCUCAGUGGAGUCCCACUACCGGCCCAACCUCAUCCUCUACUCAGAGGGCGUGCUGCGCCCCUGGGGGGACAGCGUGGCUGCUGACUGCUGCGAGACCACCUUCAUCGAGGACCGCUCCCCCACCAAGGACAGCCUAGAGUUCCCUGACGACAUCAAGAUCCACACCCUGUCCUACGAUGUGGAGGAGGAAGAGGAGUUCCAGGAACUGGAGAGUGACUACUCCAGCGACACUGAGAGUGAAGACAACUUCCUGAUGAUGCCCCCACGGGACCACCUGGGCCUCAGCGUCUUCUCCAUGCUCUGCUGCUUCUGGCCUCUGGGCAUUGCAGCCUUCUACCUGUCACAUGAGACUAACAAGGCCGUAGCCAAGGGUGACUUGCACCAGGCCAGCACCAGCUCCCGGCGGGCCCUGUUCCUGGCGGUGCUGUCCAUCACCAUAGGGACGGGCGUCUACGUGGGUGUGGCCGUGGCCCUCAUCGCCUACCUCUCCAAGAACAACCACCUGUGAGCUUCCUGGGGUGGAGGGGCAGCACCCGAGGCCAGCCUGCGAAGCGGAGGAUGCAGACACCCCGCAUGACGCUGUACAGUCCUGACGACCGCCCAGCGACGCCAUGGCACCCUGGAGCUUCCUGGCCAUGGGUGUCCUGACCUCGCCCUUUAACUUCAUGUUCACAGCACUGUGCAGAGCACAGAUGGAUGGGCACCGCUGAAGCUGCCGAGGGCAAGCUCUGAAGAUCCCAGCCCGUGCAGCUCUCUCUGAGGGUUUCUGGUGGGUCCAUGACAGCAACCAGGCGCCUCCACACUAGCAAUACACAGACAGUGAAAAAGUGUUUAUUUUUUAUGGACCAUGGUGCAGAAGGAAGAGGGCAGGGACACAUCACUCUUCAGUCUGGCCCUGCUCGACUCCCUGUGCCACCGUCCACACGCCUUCCCUGCAGGAUGAUGGGGCGAGGAGGGUGACACCAGGACCCCCAGCUGUCACAGUCCACAGACGGAGCGACCCAACCCUAGGAGCGCGGAGUCAGUGCACACAGGGCUCGUCCCCAUCCCGGGGACACUGAGGAAGGUGUCCACCCUCAGCAGCCACCUGCAGCAAUACGCAAUCCAGGGCCUUGGGGGUAUGGGAUGGGCUGCCCCUACCACAGUCCACAAAUAGGGGUUCCGUGGCUGUUCCAGAAACUCCAGGCAGCAGAGCCAUGGGACCACCUUGGUGUAGAGACAGGGGCUUCUGCAAGCUCCGCCCUCACCAACACCCAACACCCACCCCAGCCAUUGCUGUGAUGGGUGACCCCGGACGCGUGACAGGCCCUCCUCUGCCAACAAAAUGAAAGCUAUUUUCUUGUCAUUUUUUAAGGGCAACUCUCGCUUCCUGCUGCUUGUUUCAGACGAAUGCUGAGAAUAAGUCAUUGCAGACACCCUACGACCAUUCCGUUGCUGUUUUACGAGUGUUCAUUACUCAAAAAAAACACUAUCUUUUA